GCCGAGGUCGGGUACCCCGAAUGCGGGUUGCUGGACGCUCGAUACAAAAAUGCGACCGGAUCAGACAGUUUCAAUUUACAAAUCACGUGCCUGUCAAAAUUUCGGAGCAAAUCGACGAAAAAGAUGACAAAAACGAGCACGAAUUUUUUGUUUAAAAUUUGCCGCCGCUUCUCGUAUGCCGCCCGGGGCCAUGGCCCCCUCGGCCCUCCCCUCGCUACGCCGCUGCCAAGACGACUUACCAGACCUGCUAAUCACAUGUCAUAAAAAAGUCGCAAAACGUGGGUUUUAUACAAAAAUUGUCACAUCGUUCGUUCAAAGAAAGUUUAAAAUGCGCAUCGGUAUGUGGAAAUAUAUAUUAUUGCUCAUUGCAGUUGCUGCAUAUUGCUCUGGAGAUAAUCCUGGUGUUUCAGAAAAACGGCCGCCCGAAAAUGUCAACUUUUUGGUAGAAGUAGUAAGAAAAGACACAAAGGAAAGAGUAGCCGUGGGUACUCUGUUAUCUCCUACCCGAGUUUUAACUUCAGCGAAGCCAUUGGUUUUGAGUCCGUCGAGAUAUGAAGCCAAUCUGGAGGUUCCACAACGACGAAGAAAGCGAUUUCUUAUUUCGAUCAUAGCAGCAGUAAUAGCCAGCUCGGUUGGUGCUGCAGUAGUUGCAAGCGUGCGUAGCGGCGGAAAAAUAAACUCAAAUCUGUUGAAUAAUGGCGAUAUUGCAAUCUUAACCAUAAAAGUACCACAUCAUCAUGUCUCUCGCUCAGCUUUAACAUUUGUCAAACUAUUGGUACCUUCAGACAUUAAAUCAAGAUUUUCUUUUUGGCAUUAUUUGUUUGUAGAUCUGCCUAAAUUGUUUCGGUUUCGCACUGGGCGGUUCAAAAUAGCAGACACACCUUGUAAAAAAGCCACCGUUUUAGGAUGGAAACAAAGCGCUACAGUGGAUAUAAUUGGAGCGAAGAAAUGUGCAGAUCAAUUCAACAUUCAGUUAAAUGACAGACAAUUCUGCAGCUUGAAUGAGGAAAAUUUAUUUUGUGAUGCAAAUCAACAAGGCGGUCCAGUCAUGUGCGGCGAUUUCCAAGUUGGCAUCUUGAUUCCUGGUCGUUACUGCAACGAAACUGGAAACGGCCUACCUGGAGAGCCACUUCAGUUUGCUCCCAUUGAAUAUUAUAUUGAUAGCAUCGCCAGAGCUAUGAAACCACGAGAAGAUGAAAAACCACUAUCAAAUGAUAAUUCAACAGUACCAACACCAACAACUGACAGCGAGGGAAUUUGCUUGAAACCCUAUACAAAUAUUUUUGCUUUAUUAUUGAUUGCUAUAUUAUUGUACAUUUUAAUUUGAAACAAUAAAUAGUCAUUCAGAU